AUGUUCAAGUUCAACGCCUUCGACGGCCGCUGCCGCCAACGACUCGAAGCAUUGUUCUCGUUGAUACUGAUCACCGGGUGCCUGUUCAACAUCGUUCUGUCGCCGUACUGCAUGUGCGCGAUGGAGUCGUGUCACAAUCAAGUGACUGCGGUCCUGGUGCAGGUCAACACCGUACUGCCUCGGACCUUGGCCGUCGUGUGCCUCGUAUCCCGCGUGAAGACCAUGUUGCACAACGCGAGCGGCGCGUUUCGCAAGUACGAGUACAGGACACGCGAGUACAAGACGUGUUUCCCGGACGAGGUCGGCAGCGUUUUCGUCGCGUUUAUAGUGUCCGUGUACGCCGUCACCAUAUUGCCGACGAAUGCGUACCGCGUGUACAUGAUCCACCGGGACGUCCGUGACCACACCGUCACCGCGUUCUUCGUGCUCAUGUACGCCCAGAAUCUGUGCACGUGCUCGUCGGAAAUCCACUACGUGGCGCGCUGUUUUGGGCUGUACCGGCGGUUCUGCUUGAUCAACGAGGACGUGUUCGCGCUCAAGUCGGCGACGGUCGUCGCUAACCGGUACCCGUCCGUGUUGCUACAGUCGGCAGGCGGGCGCGGCUACAACGGAUGCCGCCGCAGCCGCAAAACGUCGGCCGCCCCGCGAGUAUCAUCCUCGGCCGAGACGCGUCCCACGGCCAACAACGUCGAACUGCUCCGGAUGAGACACCAGUGCGUCCGGGAAGCGGUCGGCGACCUCAACGACCUUUACGGCGUCCAACUGCUGUUGUCGCUGUGCGUCCUGUGCGUUAUGACCGUGAUCGACGGCUACGGAGAGAUAUUCGGCGUGUACACGCUGGCCCAGUCACAAGUUUUCUUGUACGCGUGGCUGACGCACUAUUUGUUCAGAUUUUGUACGAUCGUUUUGACGACGCAUUUCACGACGAAACAGGCGUAUAGAACAAAAACUUUAACAACUGAUAUAAACAAUCGACAUUUAGAUACCAGCACAAAGGAAGAGUUAAACUUAUUUUCCAAUCAAAUUAUACAUCAUUCAAUGGAAUUCACUACCUGUGAUUUUUUCACAUUAAAUGCUCAUUUCAUUACUUCUACUAUUGCUGCAGUCACAACAUAUUUCAUUGUGUUAUUACAAUAUGUUCACUAAAAUAAAAAAAAA